GUGACACCGGAUAGGUUACAAACCCGGAACAACUAACGAUUUCAAGCUAGUUGCUUGUGUUGCCGGAGAAAUAUGACAUUUUCUUAUAAUUGACUCCUAAAAAUCAUCAUAUUGGCAGACGACAGCUUAACUUCAAGAACAACAGUCGCUGUGAAGCAGAAAAUUAACGAUUUCAAGCAGUGGUUGUCAGUGUUCUUUUGCUCGUCAUCUUUUGUUUAUCGUCAUUUCAUUUGAACAUUUCUCAGCUGGUCUGCGUACAGUAACGUAAUAAUGGAAGGUGAGGUGGACGGUCCGAUGGUGGACGACUCCGGCAGGAGGCGCAGGGUGCACGGCAUGCUGAAGAUGUACUACGGGCUGAACGAGGAAGGAAAGGCCGAGGAGCAGCCGGACUCUCUGGAUCCCUGCGACAUCAACGGGCCGCAUUUCGACCCUGAGCUCUUCCUCAACAAGCUCAGACGGGAGUGCUCUCUGGCAGAGUUAAUGGAUCAGGAGACCUGCAUGGUGAAGCAGAUCCGCUCUUUGGACAGCGACAUGCAGACACUGGUGUAUGAAAACUACAACAAGUUCAUAUCUGCAACAGACACCAUCAGAAAAAUGAAGAAUGAUUUCAAAAAGAUGGAGGAUGAAAUGGAUUGCCUGUCUGCCAACAUGGCAGCAAUCACUGACUUCAGUGCAAGCAUCAGUGGUACACUUCAAGACCAGCACACACAAAUCACAAAGCUCUCAGGGGUUCACACUCUGUUGAGGAAGCUUCAGUUUCUGUUUGAGCUGCCUGCCAGAUUAAAUAAGUGUCUGGAGCUGCAGGCUUACGCACAGGCAGUGAGAUCCCACCGGCGUGCCCGCUGUGUGCUGGAGCAGUACAGCCACCUGCCCUCCUUCAAGGGGAUCCAGGAUGACUGUCACGCCAUCAUGGACAAGCUGGCACAGGAGCUGCGGCAGAAGUUCAGGGAUGGUGGCUCAAGUGCCAAAGAUUUAUCCGAGUGUGUGGAGCUGUUGCUACAGUUGGAUGAGCCGGCUGAAGAGCUCUGUGAUAAAUUCCUGAACCAUGCACGCUCUCGACUGGAGUCGGACCUGCAGGGUCUGGAGGCAGAGAUAAGACCGUACUCAUCCGCCUCCUCCUCCUCCGUGAAAGAUGCUUCCGCACGCAGGUCGCCAUCUGCAGCGCCUGGAUCUUCCACUGAUAACUCCCCUAAAGCCAGCGCUAUUCCUUCUCCCUCCUCAAACACCGACAUCCUGGAAUUCAUCGACCGAGGCUGCAAUGAAUUUGUCAGCAGCUUAUGCUUAGUUAUCACAUCCUAUCAAGAACUAUUUAUCAACCACGCUCAGACUGGCGAGCUAGCUACUAAAAAUAUUCCUCAGAUGGCGAAUGCUAAGCUUAACGCCUUUGUGGAUGAUCUCGCUGCUCGCUAUUUCUCGCUGGUGGAGCGGAGGAUACAAGAGGAGAAAGGAGUCGCGGAUAACUCGCUCCUGGUCCGUGCCCUUGAUCGCUUCCACCGCAGACUUCAGGCCGUGACAAAACUGCUGCCAGGCUCUUCCGUACCAAACCAGGGGACUGAGAUAGUGGUACGAGCGGCAACAGAGCGGGUCAAGCAGUACCUGUCAGCCCUGCAGAGCUUCUACAUGGACAGCCUGACAGAUGUGAGGCAGGCCCUGGCCACGCCUCGGCUCUCUGUGGCUAGUGCUUCUGUUUCUGGAGGCGGGGCAUUCCCAGGGGGCAUGGCCUCCAGCAGAGACUCUCCGACCAGCCUGCCAGAGCUGCUCUCCUCCCUGUCAUCCUCGAUUCUCAAUCAGAUAAAGUCAGUGCUGGCAUCAGUGCAUCUCUUCACAGCUAAAGACAUCACAUUCUCCAAUAAGCCCUACUUCAAGGGGGAAUUCUGCAGCCAGGGUGUGCGUGAGAGCCUGGUGGUGAGUUUUAUAAAGUUUGUGUGCCAGUCCUCUCGACAGUUUUGUGAGACUGCAGGAGACAAAGGAGGUUCGACUCCUCCGGCCCUUCUGCUGCUGCUGAGCCGCCUCUGCUUGGACUACGAAACCUCGACUAUCUCCUACAUACUCACUCUCACAGAUGAACAGUUCCUCGUGCAGCACCACAGUCCUGUAACAGCUGUCACAAGUUUAUGUGCAGAAGCCAGGGAGGCAGCACAGAAACUACUGAACCAUUAUGUAAAGGUCCAGGGACUGAUUAUCUCCCAAAUGUUAAGAAAGAGUGUGGAAACACGAGACUGGGUGAACACAAUCGAGCCUAGAAAUGUCCGUGCUGUGAUGAAGAGAGUGGUGGAGGACACCACCUCCAUUGAUGUGCAGGUCGGUCUUUUGUAUGAAGAAGGUGUGAGGAAAGCACACAGCAGUGACUCCAGCAAAAGGACUUUCUCCGUCUACAGCAGCUCGAGGCAGCAAGCCCGCUACGCUGCCAGCUACACGCCGAGCGCUCCCAUGGAUACAAAUCUACUGAGCAACAUACACAAGCUGUUUUCAGAGAGGAUCGACAUCUUCAGCUCGGUGGAGUUCAACAAGGUCUCUGUGAUGACGGGAAUUAUAAAAAUCAGUUUGAAGACAUUCCUUGAGUGCGUCCGCCUGCGUACAUUUGGUCGUUACGGGCUGCAGCAGAUCCAGGUGGACUGCCACUACCUGCAGAUGUACCUGUGGAGGUUCGUCUCUGAUGAGAACCUUGUGCACUUCCUUCUGGAUGAGAUAGUGGGGAGCUCCGCCCACCGCUGCCUCGAUCCAGCCCCGAUGGAGCAGAGUGUGAUCGAGGUCAUCUGCGAACGAGGUUAAAGCUCAAAGAGCAGCACAAAUCCAAACACUGUUUCACAAACACAGACAGAAUAACCACAUACACUGGAAUCACUGUUCAAUGUUAAAUUUAUUGAUUUAGAGUCAUGUGAUAAAUUAAAAUAUUGUUGUGUUUAAAUGCACAAACUUUUGUGAAGCUCACAGUCCUCCUGUCAGUCUUCACUGAGAAAAUGAUUAAACCCAACAAGAGCUUGUUCAUCUUAAUUUGAUAAUAAGCACUUUACUAUUGUAGAAAUAAGAAUACAUCUUUCAACACUAAGGAGAACCAAACAGCACUUGACUGUUUUAUUAUCAAGAAGCUCUCCGUGCUUGACCGUCAGUGAAUUUGGUCAGAUCUGCAUUACACUCCUCUACCUGCAAAGAUAGGAAAUAAAGAAUUAUCAAUGAUCCCAGUGGAGCUUUUUUAAAGCUUUUAUGCCUUGAAGGAAACGUGUGAAUACAGAGUAUGACUGAGUAAGAAUAAAAAAGUUGUGUCUUGUGGAAAUCUCAUAUAUUAAUAUUAAAUGCUGUUGAGGCCUUGUGAAUGUCAUCUGAUUAAGUAAUCUGUGUUUAACACUAACAUAAACAUGACAGAUUUGUGCUGGUGUCUUUUACCUCCAGGUUAGUUGACUCUCUGUUUUCUCUGUGCAUGUCUUCCACAGAUGAACUGUUUGUUAUUUGAAUAAUGUACAUGUUUGUCUACAAUAAAAAUGUAUGAAUGUGAA